CGGGUCUUUCCGGGGGCGGGUUCGGAUCGUUCCGGCGACGUUCGGGUCCUUUCCCAGGCUGCCGCCGGGCUGGGAGGCAGGAGCGGGCUGGAGGCGAGCGGCGGCGGAUGGGGCCGGCGGAGAGGUACUGGGAAGGGACACGUAGCAUGCCACACCGUCCUGGGCUGGAAACCUGCCCUGCUUUUGCCCCCUGGACUCCAAGAAACCGGCUUCUUUUUUGGUGAAGCAGCCCCCCAUCUCCUCUUUCUUUGCUGCAUGCCCGCUCGCCAGUGCUGGAUUAUGUUUGUCUCCUUCUCCCUUUGCUCCAUAAUUUGGUUGAAUCGUGGUUUCAAGCUAAGGAAAAGGGGCUGCACCUAAGCUUGCCGGGGGCACCCGGACCUGGCUGCUGGGGUGCUGAUUCCCAGAGAGACAUUGGGAGAGCUGAUGGGGAAGAGCUGCCUCUGAGAUCCCUCCUCUCCUGCCCGACACGCGCUGCCUCGCCGUUCAGAGCCCUUCUCCCCACGACAGAAUGGGCAGCACCGAUGGGUUCCAGUACCGUGCGCUCUACCCCUACCGCAAGGAGCGGGAGGAGGACAUCGACUUGCUGCCUGGGGACAUCCUGGUGGUGAGCAAAGGGGCCCUGCAAGCUUUGGGCUUCAAAGAUGGGGAUGAGCAGACCCCCAAUCAGAUCGGGUGGAUCCUGGGCGUCAACGAGAGGACCAAGCAGAAGGGUGACUUUCCUGGCACGUACGUGGAGUACGUGGGGCCCGUGAAGAUCUCCGUCCCUUCUCACCGGCCCCGGGUGCAGAGACCCCUCCCCGCCACGCCGGGGGCCAGCGGCUGCCGGCUGCAGGAGGCUCUGGAGCAAGGCUCUCCUCUCCCAGACUUGCAGGAGCAGUUCAGCCCUCCUGAGGUUGCACCACCGCUGCUGGUGAAGCUGGUGGAAGCUAUUGAGAAGAAAGGGGUAGACAGCGAGAUGUUGUACAGGACAUCUGGCUCCGAACUGAGGCAAGCGCUGAGAACCGAUUGGACCCUGGGCGACCUGGAGCCCUUCGACGUGCACUCCCUGGGCGAGGCGCUGCGAGGUUACCUGCAGGACCUGCCCUCCCCCGUGGUGCCGGUGGCGGUGCACGGAGACAUCCUUCGUGUCCUGCAGGAGAUUCCCCAGCCGGAGAAUUGCCGGAAGCAGCUGUUGCUGGCCCUGGAAUCGCCUGCGGUCCCACUCCAGAACACGCUCACCCUGCAGUUCCUGCUCCGGCAUCUGGGGAAGGUAUCGCAGCAGGCAGAGAGCAACAACCUCCACCCUCGGGCCCUGGGAGAGAUCUUCGGCCCCCUUCUCCUCCGCCUGCCUGGCGCCAGCCCAGAGCUGAGCCCUGACUUCUCCGUGCUGUUUCUGGAGAUGCUGCUGCAGACGAAGGAGUUGGAGCCAGAACAGUUGCCUCCAGCUUUGCCUCCAAAACCACCGAAGCCAAAGCCCAGCGCAGCCAGCCUGGCCAACGGGAACAGCGUGCCCUUGCAGGACGCCGAGUGGUACUGGGGGGACAUCUCCCGGGAGGAGGUGAACGAGAAGCUUCGGGACACACCAGAUGGUACCUUCUUGGUGCGUGAUGCCUCCAGCAAGAUCCAGGGGGAGUACACACUCACGCUCAGGAAGGGAGGCAAUAACAAGCUGAUCAAGAUCUUCCACCGGGAAGGGAAGUACGGCUUCUCGGAGCCCCUGACCUUCGGCUCGGUGGUGGAGCUCAUCACCCAUUACCGGCACGAGUCACUCGCCCAGUACAACGCCAAGCUGGACACCAGGCUGCUCUACCCCAUCUCCAAGUACCAGCAGGACCAAGUGGUGAAAGAGGACAGCGUGGAAGCCGUGGGGGAGCAGCUGAAGGUCUAUCACCAGCAGUACCAGGACAAGAGCUGGGAGUACGACCUGCUGUACGAGGAGUACACGCGCACUUCCCAGGAGCUGCAGAUGAAGAGGACUGCAAUCGAGGCCUUCAACGAAACCAUCAAGAUCUUUGAGGAGCAGUGUCAGACGCAGGAGAAAUGCAGCAAGGAGUACAUCGAGCGCUUCCGACGGGAGGGCAACGAGAAGGAGGUGCAACGGAUCCUCAUGAAUUCGGAGAAGCUCAAGUCUCGCAUCACGGAGAUCCACGACAGCAAGAUGAAGCUGGAGCAGGACCUGAAGAAACAAGCCUCGGAGAACCGGGAGAUCGACAAGCGCAUGAACAGCCUCAAGCCAGACCUCAUGCAGCUGCGCAAACUGCGGGACCAGUAUUUGGUGUGGCUGACGCAGAAGGGAGCCCGGCAGAAGAAAAUCAACGAGUGGUUGGGCAUCAAGAACGAGACGGAGGACCAAUACUCCAUGAUGGACGACGAGGAGGAGCUGCCCCACCACGAGGAGCGGACGUGGUACGUGGGGAAGAUCAACCGCCUGCAGGCCGAGGAGAUGCUGUGCGGGAAGAGGGACGGCACCUUCCUCAUCCGCGAGAGCAGCCAGAAGGGAUGCUACGCCUGCUCCGUGGUGGUGGACGGUGACACCAAGCACUGCGUGAUCUACAAAACGGCGACGGGCUACGGGUUCGCCGAACCCUACAACCUCUACGCCUCCCUCAAGGACCUGGUCUUGCACUACAAGCACACGUCCCUGGUGCAGCACAAUGACUCCCUGAAUGUCACGCUGGCUCACCCGGUCCUUUCCCAGCCUCCGGCCAGAUGAGCAGCCCGUGCACAACACAACAGCUGCCUUCAGCUUCUCCCCAGGGCGCUGCUUUCUGGCUCUGGACUCUCGCACCCUGUAUAGUUGAGUCUCUGUGCUCCUGCCCCUCCAGAGCCUCCGAGAUGUCUGUUUUGACCGUUCCUGGUGUCCCUUUUUGGUCAGUAGCUGAAACCCGUGUUGGCUGAUGGGACAAAAAGGCUGGGCUGUUGAACUCCCAGCGGGCUCCAGCCUCUAGGAGGUGGGAUCCGGUUGUGAUUGAAUUGCUGUGGGCGAGCACAGCCCCUUCCCCUUCCCCGAUAAGCAAGUCCAGAUCCCCUUCUUGCUGGCAGGUCGCCCCGCUGCGCAUCACUGUAGAGCUAGAUUCCUGAUUUCUCGGCACGCUACGGCGUCGGUCGCUGCUCUGAGCGAGGGUUCUCCCUGCCUGGAUGCCAGAGGAGGCAGAGGAGGAGGCUGGGCUGAGCGUGUGCAUCCUCCACUCUCACUUCCCUCGGUGAUUUUGUGGGUGUCUGGUACGAGGGGUGCUGCUCUUCCCCGCAGAGACUCGUUCCGAAAGGAGAAACCCCAUCCUCCCUGCGGCUUCUGGGCCGAGGGCUCCGCUCCUUGCCGUGCCCCACCUCCCCCUCUUCUUCCCUCCUGUCGUAACCACCCCUCGAGUGUUUCUGUCUGCGGAGGGAGGAUCCAGCUCGCCAUGAAUCUCUCACCUUCCUCGUGCCAGCUAAGCUGUGAAAUCCGUGUUGGUACCCGUGGGUUUUCCUGGCCGGAAUCUGUGGGACGCACAGCUCGUUUCUGGGAGUCUCUGCGAAUGGAUGU